CGUUAGCUUGUAAACAAGGGUUAGUCUUCGUGAGACUGUGAGCGGGGGUGGAAGUGCUUUAUUUUCUUAUCGUUGUGAAGGAGACUAUUAGGAGUAUCAAUAUAUUUAAGGCGUGAUGUGUGUGUUGUGAGGGGUUGUGGAGGGCGACUGUGCAGGGCGUGUUGAGCGCCGCCCUCCGGACACUGGCUUAACAUGACCAACGGCACCAUGAGGCCCCUCACCUGGCCUCGCACCCUCACAUGGCCUCUGCUGCUCCUGCUGGCGGCGCUCACAGCGCCCGCAGCUUCCGCCACUUCCGACUUCGACCCCGAGUUGGAUAUUAUGGUGGAGCCGUCUCCCGUGUCUGCUACCGCCAUCGUCGCCUCCGAGGACACGCACCUCCUGCAGGAUGUCCUUGAGAACCUGCCGGGGAAGAUAAUGACCGAGGAGCCUCUGCUGGAGGAGGAGGUGGUUACAUCAACGGAGCAAGUCUUGUCACAAUUACCAGAGCCCAAGCCACGCAUUGCGUAUAGCCAGGCCUGGGUCAACAAAACCUACCGCGCCAAGGAUGACUUCAACCCUCGCGGGAUGGAACACUUGUACCUCAUCACUAACCUCUUCCUCGACCUCGUCCAUCGUGAUCGGGAGAUUCCUCCUCAACUCGAGUCGGUGGUGUCGCAGGAGCUGGCCCAGCCCACACUGGACCGGCAGCAGGCCAUGCGCGUGGUGUCGGAGCUGGAGGCCAACUGGGACGUGAUAGGCAUGCACUACAUCGGCCUGGUGGCCCUGGUGGCCCUAGGCUGCCUCAUCAUAGUCAUCAUGCCCCUGGCCGGCCUGGUCUUCGCCUGCUGCCGCUGCGCCGGCCGCUGUGGCGCCCAGGAGCCCCACUACGACAAGAAGCGUGACCCCUGCAAGAGGGCCACACUUGGCACCCUCCUCGCCGUCCUUGUCGUCGUUAUUCUGCUUGGUCUGGUGUGUUCCUUCGUGACCAACGCCAGGAUGGAGGACGGGGUGCAGGGCUUGCCCCGGGACCUGGCCCUCGCCGUCCACGACACCAAGCUCUUUCUCAACAACACCGACAAUGAAGUGCAGAAUUUGUUAGUAAGGAACUACCGGGAAUUACAGAAUGUACUCUUCAACAAGCUAGACAGUAGUGGGGAGCUUGUAAAAAGUGAACUAGCUCGAGUAACAAAGGCUGUUGCCAUUGAUAACUUGACUGCCAUUGCAACCAGCCUGUCGGUGAUCAAGAAGGACCUGUGGGAGAUAAAGAAUACAACCUUGCAGCUGCAAGACCAGACAUCCAAUCUUCAGAGUGGGCUGGGUGACGUUGCUUUCAGGCUUAGAGAACUUCAAGAGUCGUGUGAAUCUUUGCCCGAUUGCCAUGAGGUCAUUAUAGAAUAUGCUGAUAAGCUGAGGAUAAACAAUGACUUCGAUCGGUAUCUGGAGACCGAUGUUUUGCCUCAGCUCCCGAAUGUUGAAUCAAAACUUGAUGAAGUAACUACCCUUAUAGAAAAUGAUAUAGAGAUCGUGGUGAAGCGAGGCAAACGAGCGUUUGAUUCGAUAGCAACCGAGAUCCAGAACAAGGUUCAAAGUUCAAUACCAGAUAUCAAGGAAAAAAUUUUGGAUGCAGGUGGUCAGCUGGAAGAUGAGGCCGAGAGAAUUCACAGAAGACUUCAACCAACUUAUCUUGGUCAAUCCCAGGAAUCUGACUCCUAUCCAAGGGAGUCAAAUGUUUAUUUAAAGGAAGUAAACAAAUACUUGAGAAUCAUGCAGGAUGGAAUAAAUGAAUAUGCUAUGUACAGAUACUGGGGCUUCAUGGGCCUGUGUAUAUUGCUGCUAGUGAUAACGCUGUGCUUCACAUUGGGCGUGGUGUUUGGCUGCUGUGGUCGCCGCCCUGAUGAAGCCUCUUCGUGUCACAAGGCUACUGGUGCCUCGUGGCUCAUGUGUGGUGUUGGGUUGACAUUCCUCUUCUCGGCUGUAAUUAUGGCUUGCACUACAGCGCUCUUCAUUGUGGGUAGUGCUAGCGAGAUCUUGGUGUGUAACCCGCUCGGUGAUCCAAUGCACUCGGAGGUGUUCUCUGUGGUUGCUGAGCGCUAUAAUCUUAAUAACUAUUAUCCACCUGGGGAGGCACCAAGAAUAACAGAAAUAAUUAGCAAAUGUCACAGGAACCAGAGUCUUUAUGCAGUGUUGAGUUUAGACCACAUCGACAGCAUCCUUGUCAAGCUCCAAGACUAUAAGAAGCGACUUAAUCUUGAUGAAAAGAUUGAUCAGCUGAUGCUGGAGAUUCGUGUUGACACUGAUGUAGAGAUCCUGUCGAGAGAUGCCAAAGAGCAGCUAUGGGAGCUCGCUAACUCUUCAGUAGCUGAUAAAGACACUUGGGACUAUUAUACUGACAUAUUGGAGAAGAAAGUUCUUACAAUUGACUUAAUGGAAUUGGCAGCCUUAUUGAACCAAACAGCAGACAAACUACCUAAUGGAUAUACACAAGUAUCUUUCAAACUUAAAAAUGAUGCCCUUUUCUUAGAGGGAUUACAGCGAUGGGUAACAUCAAUUGGUUCACUCACUAAAAACCUAAAGAAAACUACUGCACGACUUAAUGAGAACUUGAAAUUCAACAAGACAAGUUUGCGUGAAGCUAUUGGAGAUCUCAUCAGCCAGGCAGAGUUUGCACAAUAUUACCUUCGUGUAAAUGGUUCUCGAGAAGUUACUGAGCUUGUAGCUCGAUUCUCAGAAGAUUUUCUAGCAGAUGUAGAUGAAUAUGUUUCACACGUGGAGAUGGCAGUAGAAAAUGAUGUAGGCCGAUGCGGACCAGUGUCCACUAUAUACAAUGCCACCACCUCUGCUGUGUGUAAAGACAUCAUGUAUCCGUUUAAUGGCUUCUGGGCAAGUGUGGGCUGGGUCUUCUUUUUCUUCUUGCCGGCUAUGAUUCUGGCCGUUCAGUUGUCAUCCUUGUACCGAAAGACUGAACCAUACCCAGGACCUCUUAAUGAAUCCGAAUACUUGUAUGAUGCAUAUGAUGAGAGGAACAGCUUUCCUAUGUCCAACCAAGAGUCCAUGUAUGACGCGUAUGCUGAGAGGGACAACAUUCCCCUCACUACUAAAACGGUGGAAAGACGUCACAUAUUGGUCAGUGCAUAUGACAAGAAGCAGCGACGGCGUUCACGUGACCACGAGGGGUAUGUGAGCAGCAGCUAUACCGCAGACCAGCCGUUUACUGGUUCCCGAGCGUCACCUCCACACACAGAAUACAUUAAUACUACAGACUGGGCAGACUACCCUCCAAGCGGCGGGCCCCCACGUUACACCAGUCAGCCCAGCCUCUCCCCAGAGUACGAGAGACCGCCUCCAUAUUAUUACCCCGGGCCUGGGCCGCAGUAUUAUGGGGGACCUCCCCCUGGGACGGGGCCAGCUGCUGGGGGGAUGCAGGUGCACCCGCCCCCUCCAGGCAACCCCCCGGCUGGGGCUCAAGGCCCCACAAACUUUCUUCAUGGCGCUGCUUCUUGGAACCCACAACAGCGCACCAUCAAUCUUGGCGGCUGGAAGAUCUCCCCGGCUUACUCUCGGGACGAAUAUGAUGCAUAGUGGCCAAGCAUCCAUCCGGCCCUCUGCACUGCUUGAUGCAUAGAAGAUACCAGGGAAAAAAGCCAAUGGUUGAUGAUGUACCAAAGUGUUUUGAUAGUUGGCCUUGAAACAAGACCGUGCUUUACAUCACCUCGUCAAUUACUCGCAACAAGGCAUUUUAGCUCAUUGAAAGCAACUUAUCUAAAUUUGUUCUAGUUAUUAACAAAAAUUUUUAUUCGCAUCUGAAAAGAUUUGUUCCAAGAACAAUGAACAUUCCAUAAAGAUUAAAAAGAUCUUGACAGUCUUGUGAAUUUCCAGAUUAAAGAAAAGUUGAGAGGUUGCUGAAACCUUUGUAUUGAAACAUGAUAUCUCACUCUUUGGUGAUAUUGGUUGUUGUUUAGUAAACAAAUAGCUGGACUUGUAUUCAUAGAAUUUCAUACCUGUUAAUCAUCUGUGAAUAACUGUAUUAAAACUGCCAGUUUGUCUCCCUGUUAAGUGUGUAGAUUUUCAGUGCUUAAACUAGUUUCACAUAGAGAAACACUUUAAAGACUAGUGCAGAGUAGAAACUAGAUUUCUCAAAGGAGCUCAGAAAAGCUCCGAAUGCAGUGAUAGGAUAAUGCUGUUAUGCGACUAUGAAAAAUAUUCCAGUACUAGAUUUUUGUGAUUCUGCUGUGUUUUGAAUUAGAUAUUGCUUUAACCUCAUGUUCAUUGGAAGAAGGAAGAACUGCUUAAUGUUAGUAAGUUAAUUGCUGGCAGUAAAAUAUGUGGUAUUCAGCCUUUUCUUCAUAAUAACAUUACCUCUUUAGGUCUGAUUUAGGAUAUCCCAGGGGUGUCCACAUGGGAGGGAAUCUCUGGAUCGAAAUCUGAAAACGCCAUUUGAGUUAUAAUGAAUUAAUCUUUGCUGCAGACCAAGUGCUCUUCAAAUAUUCAAGAGUAUAUCAUGGGUUAAAAUAGUACAUUUGAAUUAUUACAUUAACAGUUUAGUAGAUACUAGUUAUGUUAAUGUCCUCCAGUGGUGUUGAUGUUUCUGGUCUUUAUGUAGACAUUUUCAUAAUGGACUCCAUCACAUGUGGAUACAACAGUGUGCUUAUUCAGAAGUUCUGGUUGAAGAUUGUGAUAAAAUCACCAGUUUUGAGUUUUAUCGUGGGAGGAAUGUCAUUUCCUUUCGAACUGUUGAAAGGUGAACUGUAUUUUUCUUUCAAGGUUCAUCACUGAUGAUCUUGUCACAACUGCUUUUAGUGAUUGUAUCCAGAAUUAAGUAAUCCUAGAUAUCAUGAUGUAUGUCAAAUGCUGCCAUUUAUAGAAGGCACAUCCUUUACUUAGUUUAGGAAGUGACAUUUGAUACUAUAUUAGGCAGAGAUUAAACCCUCCAACUAGUUUUCCGAGAGCAGAUUUAAAAUCCUACAAAACCAUAUUAAUCCCAUCGUUGUCUAGCUGUUUUAGGUGACUUUUGAUGAGAGUAUAUUUAAUUUUCAAUAAUAUCUUGCUUUUAACUUUGAAGUAAGGCUUUGUAAUUUUUGGACAAAUAUCAGUAUGUGAUAGUAUAAUAUGGGAUUAAUAAAAUUUAACAUACUGUAGUUCCUUCAGUCUGUUGUAAGUAACUACUGAAAAUCCUUCGCUAUAUAAAACGAGAUCAAAAUGUAUAUAUGCCACAAGAAUUAUAUGGUCUCUUAUAAAAUUUUAGGAUUGAAUAUGAAGUGUACUCAAAUUUAAUGCUAAACUUUUAUAUAAAUUUUAUAAAACUGACUAGCAGCAUUUAUGAUAGCAAAAUUUUAAAUGGCAUCUCCAGAAAGAAAGCCAAGUUGGUAAAAAAAAAAAUAGCACCAGCAGCUAUCUUUUACUUUCAAUAAAUUAUCUUAAUUUUUUUGUAAAGAAUACCUCAAUCAUCCAAUUGUAUAUACUGUAUUCUCUUGUAAAAAUUGUACUUGUGUGGUGUCUUCACACAUUCCACAUAUGAUUGAGAGAAUUAAAUGUCAGUAAUUGGUGAAGCCCUAACAAGACUACAAUGUUGUAUCUUGUAAUUAUACAACAGAAAAAGGUAUUUCUUCUUGGGUUCAUUUGUGGUUCAGUUGCUGAACAUGGAGAUACUGAAUUUUUAUAAGGAUUUGCAGCCUGAGGAUAUUUUUUUCAUUUAAUUUGAUAGGUUACAUUUACUAAUUCCAAAUCAUAGAUAAAUCAGGAAAAAGAUUUGUCACCAGAUUAGAAAUUUACUUUACUGUGUUUUUAAUGUUGACAGCCAAGUUGCACUUUAUAAUAAAAUAUUUAAGCAGAAUAACUUUACCUAUUGAAAAAAUUGUCUCCCUCUCAGUGUUGAUGCAAAGCUCUGGAUAAGUGCACUACAGUAUGUCAUAUUGCCUUGAGUGUUCAAGGAGAGCCAUUUUCAUAGUUUUAGUUUGAAGGUAAGAAUGUGAUUUGUAUAUUUCUUUAUUUAAUUUUACUAUGUAGAUCUAACUGUAAGACUGAAGCAUGUUUAUAUUAAAGUUAUUGUUUGAAUCUGUCUAAAGAUUUAAAAGUUUAUUAUUAUUAAUGUUCUGGAGAAGUAAUAAUCUGGUUUUACAGUCAUCCAGUAGAAAUUGGAUUCCAAGAGAGACGUGAAACAAACAUUUCUUAACCAUGUUUGAAUUUUAAAAACUGCAAAUCAAUUAAAAAAGACUUUUGGUAUAUGCUUCUUACAGCUAUUGUGAAUGGAUGUGAAUUGUGUAAUCAUAUAGUUUGUUAAAUGCCAUACAAAUAUAUUUGCUCAUUAAGUUUAACUAUUUAUAUAGAUACCUAGUAUUUCAUAUUCAGGAUUUUUAUGUGAAAUUCACUGAGAGAGGUGCAUAGCAAGAGCGAGCCUCCCAUUGCAGGAAAGUUAGAUAUUGAUGAAACAAAUUCUUGCAAUGUAGAUGUUAGUGAUAAUGUUUAUCAUAAAAUUUGUAAGCAAUAGACGAAGUGAUCAUCUGUGUUAUUUAGCAGUAAAAUGUAGUUUCAUGCCAAAAUGGUUUACAGUAUCUAAUGCAGCAGCAAGUGAUUGUUGUUCUCCAGUUGUGUGUUAAUGAAAUUCUAAUAAUUAUAUAUAUAUAUAUAUAUAUAUAUAUAUAUAUAUAUAUAUAUAUAUAUAUAUAUAUAUAUAUAUAUAUAUAUAUAUAUAUAUAUAUAUAUAUAUAUAUAUAUAUAUAUAUAUAUAUAUAUAUAUAUAUAUAUAUAUAUAUAUAUAUAUUAUAUAUAUAUAUAUAUAUAAUUAUAAUUCAGGUGUGAGAAUGAGUGUUGGUCUCGUACUUUAACAAGUACCUGUGUCCUGUGUGAUUUUUAUAUUAUUCUGCAGUUUUCCUUGUCAGGUCCGAAUAAUACAUGAACCAUUUUUUA